AUGAUAGCGCAAUGGCAAGCUGAGCAAAAUUUUCUGGAGCAGCGAUUCCUCAAGUUUUCAGACACUCAAACAACGGCUCGUAUACAGGCAUGUUCUUUUCAGGGUUACAGAGUUGAUGCAUUUACAAAAGAUGAAGACAAUUUAAGGGCAAUCCUGAAAGACACAGAUGUCCUCAACUGGAGUGGCUUGUUCCUGCUUGGAGGUACUGAGGAGGCAAACAUUGCAAAUUAUGAAUCUGAAAUUGUAUGUUUUUUUCUCUCAGGGAUUGAUUUUUGCCACAUGAACAUGAUGAAGGAAGUUGCUGCUUAUAAGAAUGCCCCUCUAUAUUUAGCAGCAAAGUGCUUUUUAAUGACGUUAGAAGACCCAGAUCAUCUUCCUAAACUCCCCGUAGAUAUGUUGUUUAUAAAAUAUAUCUCAUGUGUUUUGUUUAGGGAUUCCAGUUGCAGGAUCACAUCUCUCAAUAUGUCUCAUGUUGAUUUGGUGAAUAAAGCAUGGAAAUUUGGAGGCGGUGAAAGUGGUGCCAGAAUUAUCCAAAACCUAAUAUCAAAUUUCCCGUCCUGCUGCAUCGUGGAUGAGUCUGGAAAGCCAGUCUCGUGGAUACUGACUUACGAAUGCUGUGCCAUGGGCAUUCUGUACACUCUCCCCGAGCAUCGGGGGAAGGGCUAUGCCAAGGCGUUGGUAACUGCGGCUGUAAAGAGCCUUCACCAGCAAGGGUACCCCAUCUACUGCUUCAUUGAAGAGGACAACGAGCCAUCCUACCACCUGUUUAAAGACCUGGGUUUUAGGGAGGUUCCUGACUAUAGAGCAGUAUGGUUCCGACCGAAUGAUGACAUGCCAGACACACUCAUUUCUUAGAGUUUUAGUGAACCAGUAUUGAUAGUGAAUAAUGUGGGCAAGCAUCUCCUUCAGUGUCUCUGGGAUAAUUCAUUACACAAUUACUACAGAACAUGGUGGUUUUAUGUUAAGGUGUAGCUUGGUCUGUCCCUUGGUACAUCAAUAUCAAUGACUACCUCGUACCGGUCAGUAAAUAGAGGAUGCACUAUGAUAGUUCAUAGAGGAGUCUACUGUGGGUAAAACAUAAAUGAGGAUAGCCGAAUUUAGUUUUUACGAGGUGGUAUGGGGGCUAGCUAUAGCUAAGUUUGCUAUUCUAGUUAUUAAGGGUAACAGUUGGUGUUCAUUACAGUAUAUAAAUCCUUUGUGAUGUCGUCCUCUGAAAAUAUCAUCAGAUUUACAUGCUGUAACAAAUAGCACAUUAUUAAUUCCAGUUUGAUUGAAGUUCUGACCUGAGGUAGAUAUGUAUAAGCAAGCUUGCAACUGAGACUCUUUAAAUAAUAAUGGUUUAGUUGUACAACUUGACAAAGCAAACAGUAACAGUAUUCCAGUAGUUAGUCUAAGCAGGUUCUAUAGAAUUACACACAAGAGAUUCUCUCAAAAUCGUAUUAAAACUGUAGCUUGCGUGUAAUUAUAACGAGGACUCUUCCACAUAAACAAACAAACACAAAACAAACAUGAAGCUGUUGUUUCCUUAAGAGCAAUGUUUCAUUCUUGAACUGUCCGUAUCUAAGGUAAUUUUCAGUACUCUAGCAUGUGACAAAGUAACUUUUAAGAUAUCACAUAUAACGCCUUCUCUAAAAAUAACUUGGACAUGGAUACUUUAAUGACUAAGUGGCGGGUUCCGAAAAAUAUAGCGAUUUAGGGUUAUCGCCCACAUUGUGAAACAGGUAAUACCACAAUAACGAUCCAUGAUGUCGAGAACAGAAAAGCUGGAGCACUUGUGAUUUAGAGGACAGAUCACAAACCCCAGUGCACUAGAGCGGACAUUUUGAACAUAACUUUGAAACAGGUUUUAAAGUUAGAAAUGUAAAAAGUUGUCAGGAUGUUAACAAUCAAAAGAAAAUAUUUAGACAGUUGUAGCAACACAUGGGGAUGUAUAACGCUAUAUUUUUCAUAACCCUGAUACUCUUUGUCGCAGUAAUUACAGUGGUAAUUCUUUUCAUAGUUUCCCAUUUAAGCUAUUGUCCAGUACUAUAGCAUGUGGCACAGUAACUCCUACAGUAUUACAUCUAAGACAUUUUCUAAAAUGACUUCACAAUGAACACUAUAAGUUACCUAAAUUACAAUAAGAACUCUUUCAUAGUUUCCUAAGGACACAUCUAAGUGUACUGGAUGCAAUCAGAUUAACAAAAUAAAUACCUUAAUUAUUUCUAGAACAGCUUUUAAACUAACAUGUAAACAGUAGGAUGUUUGUUAUCUACUCACACACAUAGAAUUCAACUAUAUAUCGUGGCUCACCUCUUUUUUUAUGUAAUCUUAAUAAGCUCUAACCCAGGGUUUCCCAACCCUGGUCCAGGGGACCCCCUGUGGGUGCUGGUUUUCAUUCUAACUGAUCUCUCAAUUACUUAACUAGACCCUUAAUUGAACUUAUUAUUUGCAUAAUUAGACCUUUAAUUUUUCUCGGCUCCUAAAAAGUUCAAGUUACUUAUAAAAUGUUAUAGCUAGCUUGAAAUCUGCAACUGUUUA